AGAUUGUGUCUAUUUCCGUUCUAGACAAGUGACACCGGAUUCCACUUUACACCCUUUCACACAAACAUGAUCACAUCAGUAUUGCGCUAUGUGCUAGCGCUCUACUUUUGUAUGGGCAUAGCUCAUGGAGCAUACUUUUCACAGUUCUCCAUGAGAGCCCCAGACCAUGAUCCUUGCCAUGAUCAUACUGGUCGACCAGUUCGAUGUGUUCCCGAGUUCAUAAAUGCUGCUUUUGGAAAACCUGUUAUUGCUAGUGAUACAUGCGGAACAAACCGACCAGACAAAUAUUGUACUGUGAAGGAGGGUCCGGAUGGAAUUAUCCGUGAGCAAUGUGACACUUGUGAUGCUAGAAACCAUUUCCAAUCCCAUCCAGCCUCUCUUCUAACUGAUCUCAAUUCGAUUGGAAACAUGACAUGCUGGGUUUCCACUCCAAGUUUGAGCCCACAAAACGUUUCACUCACUUUGUCACUCGGAAAAAAGUUUGAGCUCACUUACGUCUCAAUGCACUUCUGUUCCCGUCUCCCAGAUUCAAUGGCACUUUACAAGUCUGCUGACUUUGGAAAGACCUGGACCCCGUUUCAAUUCUACUCCUCCGAAUGUCGUCGUAUAUUUGGCAGAGAUCCCGACGUGUCGAUAACAAAGUCAAACGAGCAAGAAGCCGUUUGUACUGCCUCUCAUAUAAUGGGUCCAGGAGGAAACCGUGUAGCGUUCCCUUUUCUAGAGAACAGACCUUCUGCACAAAACUUCGAAAACUCGCCGGUGCUUCAGGAUUGGGUCACCGCAACUGACAUUAAAGUGGUGUUUUCAAGGCUUAGUCCAGAUCAGGCUGAACUGUAUGGCUUGUCUAACGAUGUCAAUUCGUACGGAAACGAGACGGAUGAUGAAGUCAAACAACGUUACUUCUACUCAAUGGGAGAACUGGCAGUUGGUGGUCGCUGCAAAUGUAAUGGUCACGCCAGUAGAUGCAUCUUUGACAAAAUGGGCCGGUACACUUGUGACUGCAAGCAUAACACUGCCGGAACUGAAUGCGAAAUGUGCAAACCAUUCCAUUACGAUCGUCCAUGGGGAAGAGCCACCGCAAAUUCUGCCAACUCAUGUGUCGCUUGCAACUGCAACCAACACGCAAAGAGAUGCCGAUUCGAUGCUGAGCUCUUUAGACUAAGUGGCAACCGAUCAGGAGGAGUGUGCUUGAACUGUCGUCAUAACACUGCUGGAAGAAAUUGUCAUCUCUGCAAACCAGGAUUUGUCCGUGAUACUUCUCUGCCAAUGACACAUCGGAAAGCUUGUAAAUCUUGUGGAUGUCAUCCAGUCGGAUCACUUGGAAAAAGCUGCAACCAAUCAUCGGGUCAGUGCGUCUGCAAGCCUGGAGUCACUGGAACAACCUGUAAUCGUUGUGCCAAAGGAUACCAACAAAGCCGUUCUACAGUUACUCCGUGUAUCAAAAUUCCGACCAAAGCUGAUUUCAUUGGAUCAUCACAUUCAGAAGAGCAAGAUCAGUGUUCGAAGUGCAGAAUUGUUCCGAAGAGACUCAACCAGAAGAAGUUCUGCAAGCGGGAUCAUGCUGUCCAGAUGGUUGUGGUCAGCCGUGAGAUGGUUGAUGGAUGGGCCAAGUACAAGAUUGUGGUUGAAUCAGUUUUCAAACGAGGCACCGAGAACAUGCAACGUGGCGAAACAUCAUUGUGGAUUUCCCCUCAAGGUGUCAUUUGCAAGUGCCCAAAGCUCCGCGUCGGACGCCGUUAUCUCCUCCUUGGCAAGAAUGAUUCCGAUCACGAGCGCGAUGGAUUGAUGGUCAAUCCACAGACUGUAUUGGUGGAAUGGGAGGACGAUAUUAUGGAUAAGGUACUACGCUUCUCGAAAAAAGAUAAACUUGGACAAUGCCCAGAGAUUACGUCACACAGAUACUGAAAAAAACGAACUUUUGAUUUUCAGAAUUAUUUUAAUUUAAUUUUUUAUAUACCCAAUUUCAUCAACUUCUCAUUUAUAUGAUCCAAAAUUACUCCUCCAAUCUCUGAAUCCGUGUGACUCCUGAUCCAAUCUAGUUUAUUUUUCUUGUUCUUUUUUUGGCAGCCAUAUCAAGCUGUUCAAUAACAUAGACACUCAUUCCUACUGGGUACUGUAGCAGUACCUCUGAUUUUGCUUUAAAUAUGAUUCCAUAAUAACGCAUGACGUUUCACCUCUGUGGUGCACUAUUCUCUGUUAACACCUUUUAUCUUUUUUUUUCAAACUUCUCUCAUGUUGUGGUUGUGAAUUUCAGUUUCUACCGUUCCAUUUUCUAUGACAAUUUUGAUUAAUUCAAUUAUUUUUCAAUCUCAACGAAACAUUGAAACAAAAUUUGACUCUUUAUGUCAUUUGUCUCAAUCUCCAUUUUUUUCAAUUCUCCUGUUACCCAAUACCUGUCAGUACAAAAAAUAAAGACUACAAUAU